UAAAGUGGGCGUGGAUGAGUUUGCUGAAUUUAUAAACGGUGGGAAUGAGCUUUAAUCCACAGAGACCUCAGAGAGCUCUAUGAAAGCAGCCUGGCGAUAAUCUAACACGUUUUCAUCGACCAACAACAACGACAAUGAGGGGAGUUUUGAUCAUUUGUUUGUUCUUUACAGCAGUUCAGUCUAUCAUAUGCGAAGCCAACAGGAUUGAUGUGAGUAAAAAUCAUGAAAACGACGCGGCGACCCACAGCUCUGCCAUAACAACAGGAGUGUGGAACCAGGAGAAACCAAAGAGACUCUUUGCCAGAACGCGCUGUUUGUCCCAGAGACAUCAUGUGGUGAGACCUAAGCCAAGACCUGAAGCACUUUCUCCCGUCCAGACUCCAGCCCGACGCUGCGGAGGUCUGAUGGAGAGCUGCUCUUCUGUCACUCACUGCUGUGACCCAUGUGCUUCUUGCCACUGCAGGCUUUUUAACACCAUCUGCCACUGCUGGAGACUGGGACACCUCUGCCUCAAGAAGACCUAG